CAACUUUUGUAACAGUGCAGUUUUUUUUAGUCGAUAUAUUGGAUUUUAUAUCAAUCUAUGCAUGUAUCGAAACAAAGACGCAACAUUCGUUUAAUGAUUUUAUCCAUUUCUCGAAUUGCGAGAGCCUUACGUAACCUUCUACCACCAAAAAAUUAAAUUUGAUCAUUUUUUGAGGAAAAAUAAACUUUUAAAAUCUGAAAAUUAGUUUCGGUUAGUUCAGAUUUAUCUUACCAGUGAAAGAAAGGACAGAAUUGCAAAAACCCCCAUUAAAGCUGGAGAUUUAGGCCCAAUCUUUCUUCUACCUUCCUUCGAAUCAGUCAAUUAUCAAAUUCUCCCCUCAGAGAUCGCCGGAGAUACUAUUUCCCGUCGAAGAAAAUGAGGAUUGACGAGAACGAAGGAGUCUCCGCUUCCAGCAAGCACUUAGUCUUUGCUUACUACGUCACUGGACAUGGCUUCGGUCACGCCACUCGUGUCGUCGAGGUUGUUCGUCACUUGAUCGCGGCGGGGCACGAUGUUCAUGUCGUCACCGGUGCGCCUGAUUUCGUCUUCACAUCCGAAAUUCAGUCACCGAGGCUAAAGAUUCGAAAGGUUCUUUUGGAUUGUGGGGCUGUGCAAGCUGAUGCCUUGACAGUCGAUCGUCUUGCCUCGUUAGAAAAGUAUGUCGAAACAGCUGUGGUUCCUCGAGCUGCAAUUUUGAACACAGAAGUGGAGUGGCUUCAUUCUAUCAAAGCCGAUUUCGUGGUGUCUGAUGUUGUCCCUGUCGCGUGCCGUGCAGCGGCUGAUGCUGGGAUACGAUCUGUAUGUGUCACCAAUUUCAGUUGGGAUUUUAUCUAUGCCGAGUACGUGAUGGCUGCUGGAUAUCACCAUCGCUCCAUCGUUUGGCAGAUAGCUGAAGAUUAUUCUCAUUGCGAGUUCCUAAUUCGACUCCCAGGAUAUUGUCCAAUGCCUGCCUUUCGUGAUGUCGUCGACGUACCAUUAGUAGUGAGGAGACUUCAUAAAUCUCGCAAGGAGGUGAGGAAAGAACUCGGGAUUGCUGAAGAUGUGAAUGUCGUUAUACUCAAUUUUGGUGGACAGCCCUCAGGGUGGAAUUUGAAAGAAGAAUCACUACCUUCUGGCUGGCUGUGUCUGGUUUGUGGCGCAUCUGAAACCCAGGAGCUUCCACCAAAUUUUGUAAAGCUUGCUAAGGAUGCUUAUACACCUGAUAUUAUAGCUGCAUCUGACUGUAUGCUUGGUCAGUACUAUAUUGCAGCUCACAUCUUACAGGAGACAGCCAUUGGAAGACAUUGCGCAUCCGACAAGUUGAGUGGUGCAAGAAGAUUACGUGAUGCCAUAAUCCUAGGAUAUCAGUUACAGAGGGUCCCUGGAAGGGACAUUGCUAUUCCGGAGUGGUAUUCAAGGGCUGAAAAUGAACUAGGUCAAUCUGCUGGAUCAUCACCUACAGUUCAAGCGAACGAGAACAACUCAUUGUUGGAGUCGUGCACCGAUGAUUUUGACAUCCUUCAAGGUGACGUUCAAGGUCUUUCAGAUACAUGGACAUUUCUUAAGAGUUUAGCCAAGCUAGAUGCUAUUCAUGAUUCUGAAAAUAGUAUGGAGAAGAAAACCAUGCGUGAGCGAAAAGCUGCUGGUGGCCUCUUCAAUUGGGAGGAAGAAAUCUUUGUUGCCAGAGCACCUGGAAGGUUAGAUGUGAUGGGUGGAAUUGCUGACUAUUCAGGAAGCCUUGUCCUGCAGAUGCCAAUAAGGGAAGCUUGCCAUGUAGCUGUUCAAAGAAACCAUCCUGGAAAACAUAGACUGUGGAAACAUGCGCAAGCCCGACAGCAAGCUAAGGGACAAGUACCAACACCAGUUCUGCAAAUUGUCUCAUAUGGAUCAGAGAUCAGCAAUCGUGCCCCCACUUUUGACAUGGAUUUGUCUGAUUUUAUGGAUGGAGAUAAACCAAUUUCCUAUGAAAAAGCAAGGAAGUUCUUUGCUCAGGAUCCAGCACAAAAGUGGGCAGCAUAUGUUGCUGGGACAAUCUUGGUAUUGAUGACAGAACUUGGUGUGCGUUUUGAGGAUAGCAUGAGCUUGCUGGUUUCUUCUGCUGUGCCUGAAGGUAAAGGUGUAUCUUCAUCUGCUGCUGUGGAGGUAGCAAGCAUGUCCGCAAUAGCUGCUGCCCAUGGACUGAGUAUCGACCCCCGAGAUCUUGCUAUACUCUGCCAAAAGGUGGAGAAUCACAUUGUUGGAGCUCCAUGUGGUGUUAUGGAUCAGAUGACUUCGUCCUGUGGGGAAGCCAACAAACUGUUGGCCAUGAUCUGCCAACCUGCAGAAGUGGUCGGGCUUGUUGAGAUUCCCAACCAUGUCAGAUUUUGGGGAAUUGAUUCCGGAAUUCGACACAGCGUUGGAGGUGCAGACUAUGGGUCUGUCAGAGUCGGUGCCUACAUGGGGCGAAAAAUGAUAAAGUCAGUGGCGUCUUCUAUUCUUUCACAAUCAACGUUAAGUGCUAACGGAGGCAACUCGGAAGAACUAGAGGAUGAAGGGAUUGAGCUACUUGAGACCGAAGCUUCAUUAGAUUACUUGUGCAAUUUGUCGCCUCACAGAUAUGAAGCUCGUUAUGCAGAUAAGCUUCCAGAUUUCAUGCUGGGUCAGACAUUCAUCGAGGAAUACUCGGAUCAUGAUGAUCCGGUUACAGUGAUUGAUGAAAAGCGUUCUUAUAGUGUCAAAGCUCCUGCAAGACACCCUAUAUACGAAAACUUCCGGGUCAAGACUUUUAAAGCCCUUUUGACGUCUGCAACGUCAGAUGAGCAGCUUACUGCUCUUGGGGGACUUCUUUAUCAGUGUCACUAUAGCUACAGCGCGUGCGGACUAGGAUCAGACGGAACCAACAGGCUGGUCCAGUUAGUACAAGGGAUGCAGCAUAACAAGUCUAAAACCGAUGACGGAACUCUAUAUGGAGCCAAAAUCACCGGCGGUGGCUCCGGUGGAACAGUCUGCGUCAUAGGCCGUAACUCAUUGCGCAGCAGCCAACAAAUUCUCGAGAUUCAGCAGAGAUACAAAGCUGCGACUGGCUAUUUGCCACUCAUAUUCGAAGGUUCGUCACCUGGAGCUGGCAAGUUUGGUUACCUCCGGAUCCGGCGUCGUAUCUCUCUCUGAUCCCAUUCAGACUCUCCCUGACUUGGAAUUGAACAUGGAUGUAGUAAAUAAGCUAAACAACAAGAAGUUGAAGAAAGUGGGUGAAGGUUCAGGGUAUAAUCAUUGUAGAUCAAUCACAUUGCACAGUUCUCGAGGUUCUUAUUUAUUAUUGCUCAUCUGCCUUUAAUUUCUUUACAUACUCAGCCCAAUAGUACUUUUUCUUUGCUAUUCAAUGAAUCCUCUUUUAAAUGAUGCUAUGGAAUAUAGAUAUAAAAUCUCU